CUCGCAACUCCUCUGUCUCAGGAAGGUAAUGAAAGUUGAUUAUUUGUUUACUAUGAGUUAGCAUUUAAUUAGAAAAGUUGAUCUAUAUAUAGAAUGAGCGAAGCUUCGAACAACCAAAAGGAGACCCAGGACAUGGAACAAAACGUGGAGGCUCAGCAGGACCCGGUUAUGCCUGCGUUCCUGACGCAAUUUCUGCAGCAAAUGGCGAAUGCGCCAAUGUUCCAGCCACCGCCUCCACCGCCUCCCAGGCAAAUCACGUUGAAAAUGCUGAAGGACAAUGGUGCUGAAGAGUUCCAUGGGGAUAGGAUCUCUGAUCCCCAGAUUGCACUAGACUGGAUUGAACAGACAGAAAGAGUGUUGAAGAAUCUGAGUGUUCCAGACGCGAGACGUCCUGAGCUUGCUUUCCAGCUCCUUCGUAAGGGAGCAUACGAGUGGUGGAAGCGCGCAGAUGAGAAAACGCCUAAGCCUUGGACAUGGGAGCAUUUUGAUUGGGCAUUCAAGAAGGAGUACAUACCAGCUCGCUUCAGAGAGGAGAAACGCACGGAGUUCAUGGAGCUGAAGCAAGGAGACAUGACUCUCCCCGAGCUUCGACAAAAGUUCGAUCACCUAGCUCAGUUUGCGACUACGCUGUGGUGGAAGCGCGCAGACGAGAAAGCGCCUAAGCCUUGGACAUGGGAGCAUUUUGAUUGGGCAUUCAAGAAGGAGUACAUACCAGCUCGCUUCAGAGAGGAGAAACGCACGGAGUUCAUGGAGCUGAAGCAAGGAGACAUGACUCUCCCCGAGCUUCGACAAAAGUUCGAUCACCUAGCUCAGUUUGCGACUACGCUGGUAUCCACGCCGGCAGACCGUAUUGAAGAAUUUCGCAAGAGGCUGCGUCCCGACAUUCGGCCAUACGUGUCCAUCCUGACUACUACGGACUUUUCUCCGAUAACAGAAGAUCCGUAACUCUGAUUGACGUGAAAUUUUAACACGUUGAAGAUCUAUGUGUUGAGAACACCCUCUGAAAAUUUCAGCAAAAUCCAACGGUCGGAUCUUCGGCGAUGAUCAAAUCUGUGCGGGCUAUCCAGAGAAUUUACACUCUCAAAAUCUGCACCUUGUGUUUUUCUUUUGAUCGAUUUUGCUACUGGUUUUUAGUAGUUU